UGCAGCAGAGUGAGGCCAAGCACUCCUCCUGGCUCCUACAGCCAGGCCUCCUUGCUGGCCUCCAGGUAGAUCACAGCGCGGAUCCGGGAGCCAGGCACGGGACCCGCCAGCCUCAGCCUCCAGGGCCUGGGCGGGCCGCCAGGUGAGCGCGCCCCAGAGCUCAAAAUUCGUAGCUGGCUGCCCUGCGUCCACCCGGCGGACUACUGGCCAUGGAGCCGCGCACAGGGGACGCCGCGGACCCUAGGGGGAGCAGAGGAGGCCGCGGCCCCUCCCCGCUCGCGGGCCCUAGCGCCCGGCAGCUCCUGGCGCGGCUGGACGCGCGCCCCCUGGCGGCGCGAGCUGCGGUCGACGUGGCAGCGCUAGUACGCAGGGCGGGCGCCACAUUGCGCCUGCGCCGGAAGGAGGCUGUUAGCGUGCUGGACUCUGCGGACAUAGAGGUCACAGACAGUCGCCUGCCUCAUGCCACUAUUGUGGAUCACCGGCCCCAGCACCGUUGGUUAGAGACAUGUAACGCGCCUCCCCAAGUGAUCCAGGGUAAGGCACGUAGUGCUCCGAAGCCAUCUCAGGCCUCUGGUUAUUUCUCUGUGGAGCUGGUCCGCGGUUACGCAGGCUUUGGCCUCACCUUAGGUGGGGGCCGGGAUGUAGCUGGGGACACUCCGCUGGCCGUGCGCGGGCUGCUGAAGGAUGGCCCAGCACAGCGCUGUGGUCGUUUGGAGGUCGGGGACCUCGUGCUCCACAUCAACGGAGAGUCAACGCAGGGCCUCACCCAUGCCCAGGCUGUGGAACGGAUCCGAGCUGGAGGCCCCCAGCUCCACCUGGUUAUUCGUCGGCCUCUGGAGACCCACCCUGGCAAGCCUCGAGGGGUGGGAGAGCCCCAAAAAGGAGUUGUCCCGUCAUGGCCAGAUCGCAGCCCAGAUCCUGGAGGGCCGGAGGUAACGGGGUCUCGCAGCAGCAGCACUUCCCUAGUUCAGCACCCUUCAUCCCGGACGACGCUCAAGAAGACCCGGGGCAGCCCGGAGCCUAGUCCAGAGGCGGCCGCCGAUGGCCCCACGGUUUCUCCUCCUGAGCGCCGCGCUGAGGAUCCCAACGACCAGAUCCCGGGUUCCCCGGGGCCCUGGCUAGUGCCCAGCGAGGAACGGCUCUCGCGGGCCCUAGGGGUCCGGGGGGCAGCGCAGCUCGCUCAGGAGAUGGCAGCCGGAAGGCGGAGGCACUGAGCCUACCUCUGACAGCGCGGGGCUCACUAGUUACCGCCCAACCUGGAUCCGGCGCGUGUGGCCGCCGGGCACUUGGCACCUCCCCGAGAGCUUCCACUUGGUUUGGUCCCCCCACCGGCUGCGCAGUGGCUCUGCCCACACUCCCCUCGCAGCGUCAGUGGUACGACCCUUCCAGCCGGCUAGCCUGCGCUUCUGGUUCUGGGAGGGGGAGGUAAUAAAAUGGUUCGAUCCGGUCUUGACUUGCCAGGCGCUCGAGGCGGGGUGGGGCUGCCCAGGCCACUCUGUAAAGGAGCAGGUGGGUCGAUCCUGCUUGAGUAAUCGCUGACGAGCUUCGCGCUGCUGCUUUCCUGCUUGCACAUGUAUCUUUGCUUCUGCCGGUCCUCAGCCCGGCGUGCUUUCUUUUUCUCUUCGCCGUCUCCUGCUCCUCUCCUUAUUCAUUAAUUUCACCUUUUUGGAGGUGUACAGGGUCUCACACAUAAAUUAUUGUGCAUGGCAUGGAGAAUGCAGAGGUAAGCCUGUCGUGGCGGGACUGCACCAGUGUAUCCACAGUCCUGUCUCAGAAUCAUACAGACCCUCAGCUGACGUCGGGAUAGCAAGGCUAGAAGCCUAGAAGCAGGGCAGCUUCCUUCGCCAGAGGCCUGCGGUCUCCCACUUCCGGCCUAGUCUGCCAGCUUUUGCUGGCACGUAGGCUACCACUCUCCGGGCACCGGCUGGGGCCCUGGAGCCCCCUUUGGGGCGGAGUGGGGAACGUGUGAGUCAGCGCCCCUGGACGGGCCGGGCUAAAAAAGGCUGUUAGAACCUUUGGGCCGUGCCCCCAUUUUCCGUAAAUGGUGAAGAACUGCAGCCGGGCUUGUGUGCACACGCCACACACUGGGCGUUCCCGGCACGGGAGAGGCCCAGAGUUUCCUUCACCCUGGGAACAGAGCCCCACAGCCAGGGCUUAUAUGGCCAGCGGGACUCCAACCGGGGUAGCCGCGAGGAAGGCGCUGGCAGAGGACAGAAAUGUCCAGUCACUUCCGCUGUCACCACAUCCUGAGCACUCGGCCCCAUCCCCCCCCAGGAGGGAAGCUGUGGUCUGACGGAAUGGGCAACUUUCGCCCCUGUGGGGAGGGGACGGGAAAGGAAGAAAGAAUUUAAAGGACCGGAGUGCGAGAGUCCAGGUGGCCUUGGAGAGGAAAGAGGAACGGUGAAGACAAGCUGCGAAAGCUGGGAGCUGGAGGGUGAAGAGGUGAACACUUGAGUGGUUAGAGCUGUAGAUAGACAUUGUGGGGAAGUGUGCCAGGGUGGCUUCCAGCUACCCCUGACUUAGAGCCUGGUGGAGGUGUGGUUCUUCAAAAGUCAGCAAAGGGCUCAAGAGCCCCAGUCCUAUAAAUACAGUCACACCCAGGAGACUAAUAAUAGUAAACCCAGCCACCAUGUACUUAGUUUUAUCCCUGCUACUGGCUUUAUUGCAAUAUUUAUUUUCAUCUACAAUAGUUGCACAUCUACUCAACUGUCCAAAUAUGUCCAUUUCGCAGAGGAGGAGAGUGAAGCCCAGGGAGUGCAGAUAGCUAGAGAGAGGAGGGUCAAAGCAAGAUUUAAUCAAGGCCUGAUUCCCAAGUCUGUCCUCUUAAUUUCACCUGCAUUGACAAGUAUUAAUUGAACCUCAACUGUAUACAUUGCACUGUGCUAGGUACUGUGGAAAUGCUGGAGGAACAAGACAUGAAAUUUCUGUCUUUGUGUAGCUGAUGUAUGUAAUGAGGGUAGACAGAUGUCAGACAAAAAAGACAAGAAAAUGAAUAAAUAAAAACCCAGGCCAGGAGUGGUGGCUCACGCCUGUAAUCCCAGCACUUUGGGAGGCCGAGGCUGGUGGAUCACGAGGUCAAGAGUUCAAGAGCAGCCUGGCCAAGGUGGUGAAACCCCGUCUCUACUGAAAAUACACAAAUUAGCCGGGUGUGGUAGCAGGUGCCUGUAAUCACAGCUACUCGGGAGGCUGAGGCAGAGAAUUUUUUGAACCCAGGAGAUGGAGGUUGCAGUGAGCCAAGAUCGCACCACUGCACUCCAGCCUGGGUGACAGAGCGAGAAUCAGUCUCAAAAAAAAAAAAAAAAAAAAAAAAAAAAAAAUUUCAGGCCAGACAUGGUGGUUUGUGCCUGUAAUCCCAGUACUUUGGGAGGCGGAGGCGGGUGGAUUGUCUGAGCCUACAAGUUUGAUACCAGCCUGGGCAACAUAGACCUCGUCUCUACAAAAAGUUUAAAAAUUAGCUGGGAGUGGUGGCUCAUGCCUGUAGUCCAAACUACUUGGGACACUGAGGUGGGAGGAUCACUUGAGCCUGGGGGAUCAAGGCUGCAGUGAGCCAUGAUUGCACCAUUCCACUCUAGCUGGAGUGACAGUGAGACCUUAUCUCCAAAAAAAAAAAAAAGGCCGGGCACGUGGCUCACAUCUGUAAUCCCAACACUUUGGGAGGCCAAGGCAGGCGGAUCACUUGAGGUCAGGAGUUCGAGACCAGUCUGACCAACAUGGAGAAACCCCAUCUCUACUAAAAAUACAAAAUUAGCCUGGUGUGGUGGCACAUGCCUGUAAUCUCAGCUAGUCAGGAGGCUGAGACAGGAGAAUCACUUGAACCUGGGAGGUGGAGGUUGCGGUGAGCCAAGACUGUGCCAUUGUACUCCAGCCUGGGCAACAAGAGCGAAACUCCUUCUCAAAAAAAAAAAAAAAAAAAAAAAAGACAAUUUCAGAGAGAAGUGAGAGUCAUGAAGUUAUGAAGCUAGCAAAAGGAGGUUACAUUGUGGGAGAUGAUGGUGAGCUUCUGGCCUCUUUGAAGACAUAACUCUUGAGCUGCAACCUGAAUGACUAGAAGCCAGGUAUAUGAAACACUGAGCUAAGAGCAUUGACAGCAGGGGGAAUAGCAAGUGCAAAGAUGUUGAAGCGGAGCCAGGUUCGUCUUGUUUCAGAAAUUCAGACGUGUCCUCACAGAGUUGGAAAGCACAUACUUAUCACUGGGAAAAGUAUGUUUCAUCCCUUCCACUAUUCACUCACUCUUCCGGCAACUGGGGCUGAAAGAGGGGAGCUCUUUCCUUAGUUUUGAGGGGCCCUGUGUUGUCAGAGAGAGCAGGCAGGCCCUUGGGUUGAAUCCUCCUGGCCAUCCAGUUAUGAUUCUCCCCCACUUCAAAUGAGAUGAGAAUAAAAACAACUUCUAGUCUGGAGAGUGUGUCCCUCAGGGUACCUCUGGGAUCCUGAUCCCAGGAGACCAGAUGCAUGUCUUAGAUGCAGAAAUUAAGGCUGAGCUGGGGGAAAUUACUUGCUCAAAAUAACACACUUAGCCAGGCGCAGUGGCUCACGCCUGUAAUCUCAGCACUUUGGGAGGCCAAGGCGGGAGGAUUGCUUGAGGUCAGGAGUUCAAGACCAGCCUGAGCAACAUAACAAGACCUUGUUUCUACUAAAAAAUAAAUAAAUACAAACAAAGUGUCUACAAAUGUCACCCAGCCUUGCACCCCAGGAGCCAUCCAUUCAUCUUGCCAAUCCCCCAGAAAUAAACUUUCCUAUUCCUCAUGUACGAUUGUGCUGACUGGCCCCUCUUUUCAGAACCAGGAAACUGAGGCCCAACAUUUAGAGCCAGGACUUCCUUGGGAUUGCAGAACACAGAAUCAGACCUUGGGCUCUCUGGGCUCUAACAGUAUUCCAAAAUAUGUUUUUUUAAAAUAGAGACAAGCUCCACUACG